AUGGCAAUGUCUCGUCCGAAGUAUUUUACACCGAGUGAAGUGUCCGUGCACAAUACAAUAGGAGACCUGUGGGUUUCAUAUCUGGGUAAAGUUUACAACCUGACACCUUUGCUUCAAGAAUACAAAGGCGAUGUACUUUUGAAACCUAUCAUUGAAAGUGCAGGCAAGGACAUCAGUCACUGGUUUGACCCAAAAACAAAAGAUAUUAUUACCCAUGUUGACCCUUUAACUGGCUGUGUGAAGUACUACACACCCAUGGGGCGCUUUGUCCAUGUGCCCCCCAUGUGCCCGCGCACUGACUGGGCCAGUGAUUUUGGGAAACCUUGGUGGAGAGACAUGCGCUAUGAAGUUGGCAUUCUGACAGCUAAGGCCCGCUGGAUCCGCAUCAUCAACACACUCACUGGCCAGGAACAGAGGCUGGAGGUAUGUUCUGAGGAAACACUAGAUGAGAUUUUGCAACGUUACCUGCGCUACAACUCUCAUGCAACCAGCUACACCUGGAAGCACAACGGUGUCAAUCUGAACAUGAGUAAAACUUUGAGUGAAAAUGGGAUUCCUGAUGAAGAUGAGGAACUGGACCUUUGUCGGAUAGAUCGUGACCUCUUCACUCCAUCCAUCUGUCUGUACUUCAAUGAUGACCUCACUGAACUUUGA